ACGCAGUUCUCUCUUUGAUGUCAAUCAAUCAAAUGAAAGAAUCAAUCGUUAUUUUGCAAUCAACAAUCGAUUCGUUUGUUCAUUUAUUUUGUUUGAUGAUUUGAAUGUAAAUUGUAUCGAAAUAUUCUCGUUGCCUUUCCUCUCUCUCUCUUCCUUUGAUCUUGAUCGGCUUGUAAUCAAAAAAGAAAAAGAAAAGAAAAAUAGAAUAAAAGAAUAAUGAGCGAAUUAUGGAUUCAAUGUUUUACUUGUGGUAUCGUAACCAAUCGACCACAACCCACGCGACGAAGACGAAUCGACCGUUCAAUGAUUGGAAAUCCCACCAAUUUCCGGCAUACAGCUCAUGUUGGUGGUGGCGGUGAUGGCUCUGCUGAAAUGUCCAAUCAUAUUCGAACCAUACAAAAUCAGAUGGCAUCCAAAGGUGGAUAUGAUUAUGUAUUGCCUGUCAAAGUAUCGAUACCGGUUGUUGAUGUAAAAAAUUAAUCUUUUCUGCAAUAUAUAUUUCGUUUUGUUCGUUGAUCUCUUUAUGGUUACCAUCUUCAUCAUCAUCAUUAUUACCAUUAUAACUAUCUCAUCUCAUUAUCAUCAUCAC